GGAAUGCAGCAGACACGCUCCAGUCCGUCUGUCUAUUUGUCAGUAACCUCCAAGUAGCAGCAGCAGCAGCAGACGUUAGAAUGUCAGAGGAGAUGAUCUGGAAUGACACGGCACGUCAGUCCACGGCUGUCCUGCGCUGAGUUCUCUAACAUAGUGUGACCUCGGGGGGCCUUUCCUCGAACCGCAGCUUUGCCAUGAAGACCCAGAGAACUCGAAGUGCCAAACCAACCUCACCAUUGGGCCGUCAGAAGUCUCGCUUCACUUUACGAGGCCGAAGGAAGAAGGACGGAGUGAUCCGAGGCAAACUUCGCAUCCGCUCCAUGCCGGGUGCCUUCUUGGUUCUUGGGAUUAUUGUUGUGGUGGUGGGCACUGCGUUGGCUGUGGCAGGCUACUGGCCUUACCGGAUAUCGAAAUCGUCCAUACUUGAAGCGGCCAAUGGAGUCAGCGGCUCGGAGUCACAGAAUUCCGGUUGGAGUUUGGGAGCUAAGGGCCUGCUGUCCACUACUAGCUUUGUCCACAGUGAACGCAUGAAGCUUCUGGGGCCUGUUAUUAUGGGGGUGGGACUCUUCAUCCUGAUAUGUGCCAACACUGUCCUGUAUGAAAACAGGGACAGAGAGACUCAGAUGCUGCUGGCUCAGAUGCGUAGCGUCAUCUGCUCGGUCUCCGCCGCGGUGCCCUCUGCAGACCUUCAAGAAAUAGCGGUGGCCAACUCCAUGUCUAAACACUACCAGUGGGUGAGCAGUUUACCAGCUGCUCAUCUCAACAUCCUGUGUCUGCGACAGCUGGCCAGCUCCGAGCCCCUGCUUCAGACCGAACGCGCUGGAAAACACGAGGACGGCGCUGAGGACAUCUACCAGCGAGCUGUUCUCCAGACGAAGGCCCUGCACCAUCACGAGUCGGAGUCUCCGCCUUCCCUUCAGUUCUCCCAUUCCAACUCCUGCAACUCCAGUCAGACCGACUUCAACACGCAGUGCGGCGCCGAGCACGCGGACAGUGACAUUUUUAAUCUGCAGGACAACACUUAUGUCAAACUCAACAACUGUCUGAUGUCAGCCAGUUCCAUGUCCACCCUCGGAGUUGAGGAGGUGGACAUCCCGGCGGCCCAGCCACGGCGUUGCCACAGUGUGAGCUACAGGACUAACCCUUGCAUAGCUUGGACUAGUGCGCAUCUAGACAAAGGGCAUCGUGCGCCAAGGGUGAAGAGACACGCGCAGCAGCCAAUUGGCACUAAAAGAGAAACUGAUUCACAGGUUUGCAUUAACCUUCUGGAGCAGGUGGAGAGUGUGGAGGAGCAGACCCACCAGAGCUGGCCUCGGUUAGACCUGGCAAGUUGUAGACGGUAUUUGAAACUAGAAAACAAAGAGGACUCGGUAGACAAACUGUUGGACCAGUUAGAGAUGCAGUCCUCUCAGUGGGAUAAGAGUUUCGGCUCUGGGCCUUUCCAGUGAUGACAUUUUAUGUUCGGAAAACUGCAUUGUUUGUGAGAAGCAUAUUUAAACAGAGACUUGAGAUCGUUUGAAAUAUGAUGGGUUUUUUUUUCCGAAGGUUCCUCGCAAACCCCAAGGCUGUUCUCAAUCUUCACUGGAGUGUCACACACAGAGGAGUUUUUUGCUAGGCGCCAUGUGACAGAUGUUUAUAUCAUCCAAAGAUGUGAACCAUAUACUGAGUGUGCACUGCACAAGACGGGCAAGGCGGCCACAGACAGUUAAUGUCAGUUCCGGAUGCCAGCAACGUGAGAAAUUAAUUUGUAUUUCUGUGCCAAAAAAUGUUUUUGCCAAUUUUUCCGAAAGCAAGGCUGUUACAGGAAAGGGGUAUUGUUUUCACUGUGCAAUCAUUUUUGAACCAAACUACCUGGACCUCUGAACCCAUGAAGUGCUGACAGUGCUUUCAGUAAAUGCUUGUAGCAUUAAAAAAAAGGUCCUUUUUACUCACCUGGGUUUCACUACUUUAAAUGCAAUGCAUGGCAGAGAUGUACAGUAUGUUACGUCUUAAUAAUUAUGCAUACCGUAUUUUCCAGAGUAUAAGUCGCUCCGGAGUAUGAGUAGCACCA